CUUGGUUUUAUAAAUGUAAAUUACAAAACAAAAACAUUUUAAUCUUUGUUAAUCUCCAUAACUAUUUUUACAAAAGGUAAAAAAAAGAAUGAAAAAGAAAAAAGAAAAUGCAAAACCCAAGAAUCAUGUUCAUGCCUGUCAUCCAUUAAAAACCUUGCCAUGAAAAUUGAAAAGGCAAACACUCUGACACCAACAACCUCCCUUUAUCUCUCUUCACAAGACUAUUCCUUCACUGAUAAAAACUCUGUGCCACUCCACUACUAUACAAAUACUCCCUACCCACAUUGCUUUCUUGUGAUUACAUUUUCUCAAACCUUUUUAACUUUCCUCAUUUAAAUCCCAAAAAUCAAAAUAUAAUUCAAAUCAAAAGAAAAAUGGGAGUUUUUCAUGGAUUAAUCCAUACCUUAUUCUUGUUCUUUCUGUUCUUACUUGUAUUGCAAAGAUCAGAUUCUGCAACUGUUGUUGUUGAUGGGGUUAAUCAAUGGAAUGAUCCUGUGGCAGCCAUUGGAGAUACUAUUUUAUUUAAGCACAAGAAUCAGUAUAAUGUCUACAUUUUUAGGACCAAAGAUGCUUUCAGCUCAUGUAAUUUCAGCCAAGCAACUCCUUUGUCUUCCCCUAAUUCUUCCACUUAUACUUGGCACCCAUCAAGAACAGGAAAUUUCUACUUUGCUUUCUUCAAUGGUACCGCCAUUCCUUGUCAACAAGGUCAAAAACUAGCCGUUAAGAUCACAACAACAACCUCACAUUCUCCGGCGCCGGAAACUCAACCGCCAGCAACACCAAGAGGUGUAGUAGCCUCUUCACCAUCGUAUCCAUGGCCAUUUCAGCCUCGAGAAAAGGAAGGUGCAAGUCCAGGACCAGCUUAUACAGACGUCGGAUUAUCUCCAUAUCCGGCGAUAUCUCCGGCAAUGGGAAGUAUUCCGUUUAUAAAUAGUAACCCAGCAGUUCCGUUACCUACUGGUGAAGUUGAUUCUGCUACUAUUCGACCUUUGCCUACUUCUGCUGAUCAUGAUGCUUCUCAGGGUGUGAAGGUGGCUAAUAUGAUGGAAGGUGUAAUAUCUACAUUUUAUGUAACAAUAAUUGUAAUGAUAAUGAUAUGAGAAAGUUUGGUCAUAAAAUAGUGUAAAAUGGGAGUAUAUUACUAAGUAGCCUUUAAGAUUAAUUAGUAUUAAUAGUUGGAUUAGCUAGUUGUUCAAAAGGGUGUGGGGUUAGAUUAGGGUUUAGCAAAAGUAGCUUUUGGAGUUAGGAUGUAUGAUUCAUAAUCAUAAUAUUAUGCUUUUUUUUUCCUUUUUUUUUUUUUUUUUUUUUUUUUUUUUUUUUACUUUUGGACUUUGUUUUCCACUUUGGAAUCAUUGACAGUUUGACACCACUUUUGGUAGUCUUUUCUUAAAACCCAAAUUUACCUAAGAGAUGAUCUUGGACGAGAUGGCCUCAUAAUGAAAUCGUCAAUU